AUGUUUUCUGCAGAAAAUACAUACAAACACCUGUUUUGUGGUGGUUUUUCGGAGGGUUUUGGUGUUAUGAGUAGUCAAGUACAAGGUUAUGAUUCUUGUAGUGAAGCGUGUUUAGGAUCUGAUCGAUUAGUUGGUCCAUUAAUGGCAGAAGACCAAUCAAGAACUGGGAGUAUUAAUGAAGCAGGAUCAAGUUCAAAAGAUGUUCAACAAGAGAAAGAUGAAGGGUGGCUUCAAUUGAGUAUUGGUGGUUACACAGGCCGUGAAAACAAGAAAGAUCGGGCAGAUCAAAGAUCUCGAAUAGACGGCCAUCUCCCGGUUGAGCUCGAGCUUCUUCCAAGUAGUGGUAGUACUUCACAAAUUAGGCCAUUAGCAGCUCCUAUGCUUAAUAUAUCAGAAUUUGCAACUCCUCGGCCUGUUAUGAAUUUUUCAACAGCCACUGAUCAUGGAACCUUAAUUUUCUUGCAACACCCGGGAACUAGUUCAACUUUCCCUUAUCAUCAAGAGAUUAACUGGGCAUAUAGGCCCAUCCCAAUUAACAUAACAUCUCCUUCAACUUCUUUAACGGCCCCGGGUGGUUCUUAUUUUCCCAGGCCAUUUCAAGUCCAUCCCGGAAUAGAUAUCCCCGGCCCGAAUCUAGAUUUCAGAGUGAUUCAGCCACCUCGGAGACCACAUUCCGGCAUAUGGUUUAUAUUACAAGCGUCACAAAAUCAAGCAAAAGAACCAUAUUUGCCUCAGAUAUCCAAGAGCUACUUGAGAAUCAAAGACGGAAGGAUGACAAUUCUAUUGGUCAAAAAAUAUCUGGUUAAUAAGCUUAGGCUGGAAAACGAAUCAGAGAUAGAAAUAAGAUGUAAAGGGCAAGAGCUUCUACCUUUCUUGACGUUGCAGCAUGUAAGAGAUAACAUAUGGAGUCAAAGGGAUUUUGUGACUUUGCUUCCACAUUCCUCCUCGGCUACUGACCACAUCAUGAGUGGUUGUUUCGUCGACAUAGUGGACACGAUCGGAGAUUCUCCUCGAGUUGUACGACAACGAAAGGCAAUCUUUGCUAGUGACGAAGGAAAAGUAAGAAACCUUGGAAGGAGGUCUAAGAUCAACGAGGCAGUGUAUGGCUCCUCAAAGCCUUCCUUGCAGUAG